AUGAUGAAUCCGAAGAUACUGACUGUCUGCUUGUUUGAAGAGACUGUCACUGCAGCUUCAGCCGCCAUGAAGAUUUUCCAAAGAAACCACCUUGAUGUGGAACGGCCAAUUGUUCUUGACGCCCGUCCUUCAGCCUCCCGAAACUCAUCGAUCGUCAGCCAAAAGUAUCUUGCAUGGCUCGACAACGCAAAUAAGGUGGACAUCGCUUCUUCAGGCACGACGGGGGAGAGAAAGUUUCUGAGAGAACGACACGAGGUGAAACUCGUUUGGGAGUGCAAAGUGGAGAAGCAGCGAUCGAAAAAUCCAGUCAUGGCCAAACUUUUUGAGGAAUACGAACCAAUUGGUCUCAUGGAAAUGGAGAAAGCCCUCUCAGGUGGUCGAACGGAGGCAUUCAGACUUAUGGCCGAUGAUAGUCGACGGAUUAUGAAACAUGUUGACGUAGUCAGCAUGUACCCAGCCGUCAAAGAUAAAGCGACAUGCAUUGCUACCAACAGUACAUGUGCAGAACUCACAAAAAAAUACAAAGAUUCAUACUUUGUGGGAUUCAUGACUGCUGGAAUGAGCAUGGAUGGAAUAAUCGCAAACAGUAUGUCAGAUGUGCAACCGUGCAUACAAUGUAAAACUGUGAUCGUCUGUCUCCACAUGCGCACAAUCAAACCUGUAGGACGACACUUCAUUAUCAAUUUGUCCAUGUCGGACACGUUAGGAAAGCUCGGAAGCUUUUCUGCAAAUGAGCCAGUUGAGAUUUUCGGAGUUCGAUGGAUACUCAUUGCUUUCGCGGCACAAAAAACCUGA